AUUGCAUCAUGGCAGGCCUAUCGCAAGUGACGGCAGUCACGGCGUCCGCAUUCCGACAGUUGAUGGAAUCAAUCCCAAAGACGCAUCGUAGUGGGCGCGUGGCUAUUGCUCUGUCCGGCGGAGCUGACAGCACGGCGCUGCUCAUGCUUCUUCGAGAAUACGUCGUCCACCCAAACCAGGUCCUCGCCGUCACAGUCGACCACGGCCUGCGUCCUGAAAGUGCUGACGAAGCGCGGCAUGUGGCAUCGUUUGCCACCAAGUACAACAUCCCACACCAGAUCCAUCGCCUUCGUUGGGACGAUAUCCCCGGCAAGUUGCCUCGCAGUCAGCUGCAGAUCCAAGCGCGCCUCCGACGGUACUCCAUCCUAGGCGAUGUGUGCACCCGCGAAGGCAUUCAUGGGCUCUACGUCGGUCACCACUUGGGCGACCAGCUGGAAACCCUGCUGUUCCGUCUUGGUCGGGGCAGCGGGUGGAGCGGCCUCGCAGGGAUGCCCGCCUGGUCUCUGUUCCCAGUGCCGCAUCCAACGUUCAGCCGCGACCUACACGUCGUGCGGCCGCUGCUGGCCGUGAACAAAGCCCAGCUAAAAGCUACGUGCAACCGAUUCGGCCAGGAAUGGGUCGAAGAUCCAUCCAACGACUCGGAGGACUUUGACAGAAUUCGCAUUCGAAAGCAAGUGCGAGCGCUGGGCGCAUUGCCUGGGUCGGAUGCUCUUGAACACGGCUUGGCGCUAUUGCAGCAGCAUGCUAGGGAGGCACAUGACGACCUCCAGCUAGCAGGUACACUUCGAUACCCCGCUGCAUGUUUGUACAUGUUCUAUCUAAUGCAGUGGGUUUGACCACUUGCUUUGUCCAUUAUAGAGCAAUUCCUACGGGAAAAGUACGUGAUUGUGAAAUCUCCCGUUGCAGUAGAGUUGCUCGACUCGUUUCUGGACGAUCCGUUGAUGUUUGACGAACUUGCAAUUCGAGUCCUCACUGGCAUCGUAAGAGACGUCGGAGGAAAGGCAUACCCGCCGCGCGUGUCAUCUGUGGCGCUGCUGCUGGCAUCUCUCCAGCACAAGACACUCAAGCGAAGCACCACCCUCGGCGGGUGCUUGGUGCGCAAGAAGCGCGGAUGCGUCGCGUUUGAGCCGGAAGUCCCCCAACACACCCUGCACACGACACUGCCAUGACGACGCGCUAAUAUUUUGUCAAAACAUAUUGCUUCCAUUUCUGGUUAAAAAAAGAUGUACGCGUCCCGAGAACCUAAAAAGUCCCCGCCCAACAUUGCUUCUAAUUCCAUUCGUCGUUGAACCUUGUAUCGUGCAAUGUCGGCAGAGUCUUCUUUGGGGG